AUGGGCGACGCUGCCGAUUGCGCCUCGCACCAGCGGCUCGACGCUUGGGUCGACGCUCACUUUGAUGAAGAAAUCAGCUUCCUCCAGAGCCUGGUCCGUCUGCCCACGGACACACCCAAAGGCAACAAUGCGCCCCACGCAGAGUUGACGGCCGACCUGCUGCGCACCUUCGGCCUCGAAGCCGAGCGGCAUCCCGUGCCGGAGGCAGAGGUUCGCGCCUACGGCAUGGAGUCCAUCACCAAUCUCAUCGUGCGCCGCCGCUACGGCCCCGGCGGCCGAACGAUCGCCCUCAACGCUCACGGCGAUGUCGUUCCUCCCGGCGAGGGCUGGACCCGCGACCCGUACGCUGCGGUCGUGGAAGAUGGAGUCAUGUACGGCCGUGCCACCGCCGUCAGCAAAAGCGACUUUGCGAGCUUCACGUUUGCGGUACGCGCCCUCGAAUCGCUGGGCGCCACGCUGAAGGGCGCCAUCGAGCUGCAUUUCACCUACGACGAGGAGUUUGGCGGCGAGCUGGGUCCCGGCUGGCUGCUGCGCCAGGGCCUGACCAAACCCGACCUGCUCAUCGCCGCGGGCUUCUCGUACCAAGUCGUCACUGCCCACAACGGCUGUUUGCAGAUGGAGGUCACGGUCCACGGCAAACAGGCCCAUGCCGCCAUCCCGGACACGGGCGUCGACGCGCUGCAGGGGGCCGUGGCGGUCCUCAACGCGCUCUACGCGCUGAAUGCGCAGUACCGCGAGAUACGAUCGCAGGUCGAAGGCAUCACGCACCCAUAUCUCAACGUGGGGCGUAUCGAGGGCGGUACGAACACAAAUGUCGUACCCGGCAAGGUGACCUUCAAGCUCGAUCGGCGCAUGAUCCCCGAGGAAAAUCCUGUCGAGGUCGAGGCUGAGAUUCGUCGGACCAUUGAGGGAGCGGCAGCCAGUGUGGCCGGCGUAACCGUAGAUCUGCGCCGACUCCUCCUCGCCAAAUCGAUGCGCCCGCUCCCAGGGACCAAACCGUUGGUGGAAGCUAUCCAGACGCACACUGAGCGUGUUUUUGGGGAGGCAGCGCCGGCGAUUGGGACACCACUUUACACCGACGUGCGACUCUAUGCGGAGGCGGGCAUUCCUGGUGUCAUUUACGGCGCCGGCCCGCGGACGGUACUCGAAUCGCAUGCCAAGCGAGCGGACGAGCGGCUGCAGCUCGAGGACCUGAGGCGUGCAACCAAGGUCAUCGCGCGAAGUUUGCUUGAUCUGUUGGUUUAG